AUGCCUCCCAAGUUCGAUCCCUCCGAGGUGAAGGUCAUUCACCUCCGUGCGACCGGUGGUGAAGUCGGUGCCUCAUCCGCGCUCGCCCCCAAGAUCGGUCCCCUCGGUCUCUCGCCUAAGAAGGUCGGUGAAGAUAUCGCCAAGGCCACAGGUGACUGGAAGGGUCUCCGUGUCACCGUCAAGUUGACCAUCCAAAACCGUCAAGCCGCCGUUUCCGUCGUUCCCUCCGCUUCCUCCCUCGUCAUCAAGGCCCUCAAGGAGCCUCCCCGGGACCGCAAGAAGGAGAAGAACAUCAAGCACACCAAGAGCGUCCCCCUCGAUGAGAUCAUCAGCAUUGCCCGCACCAUGCGCUUCAAGUCGAUGGCCAAGUCCCUCCAGGGUACCGUUCUUGAGAUCCUCGGAACUGCCUUCAGCACCGGCUGCAAGGUUGACGGUCGCAGCCCCAAGGAUGUCUCUGAUGACAUCAAGGCUGGCGAGAUUGAGAUUCCUGAGGAGUAA